CUAUUUCAUCUAACUAACUAAUAAGGAAACAGAUAGUUUCUGUUUUAGUGUUUCGUUUGCGAAUAUAAAGCUUCUUCAAUUGAUAUAUUCCGAAGCAGCAAUACGGCCAACCUCAACCACUUCCUUCUUUCGUCUCUCUGUGUUUCUGUUUUCAUUUACCAGUAGCAGAAGCAAAGAGCAGAGAGAUUGAGAUCUCGUAAUCUUGUGGUAUGGCGCAGAAGAGAUACAUCGUAGAUGUGGAGAAAGCCAAAGAAGAGACGGAGGGGAGGCCAUCCGUCGGGCCGGUGUACCGUAGCGUCUUUGCUAAGGAUGGAUUUCCGCCUCCGAUCGAAGGUCUUGAUAGUUGCUGGGAUGUUUUCCGCACGUCUGUUGAGAAAUAUCCUAAACAACCAAUGCUUGGUCGCCGGGACAUCAUAGAUGGCAAGCCUGGCAAGUACAAGUGGCAAAGUUAUGAGGAAGUAUAUGACUUGGCGAUGAAGCUUGGAAAUUCCAUUCGCAGUUGUGGUUAUGGGCAAGGUGCAAAAUGUGGUAUUUAUGGUGCCAAUUGCCCAGAGUGGAUUAUAAGCAUGGAGGCCUGCAAUGCUCAUGGACUUCAUUGUGUUCCUUUGUAUGAUACCUUAGGUGCUGGGGCUGUAGAGUUUAUUAUAUGCCAUGCAGAGGUCACAAUUACGUUUGUAGAAGAAAAGAAGAUUCCUGAGCUAUUGAAGACAUUUCCAGCUGCAGCAAAGUAUCUUAGAACACUUGUGAGCUUUGGAAAGGUUACACCUGAACAAAAGCAGGAAGCUGAACAGUUUGGAUCAGUAAUACAUUCAUGGGAUGAAUUUCUGCAACUGGGUCAAGGUCAAAAUUUUGAUCUUCCCGUGAAAAAGAAAAGUGACAUCAGCACAAUAAUGUACACUAGUGGAACAACAGGUGAUCCCAAGGGAGUGCUAUUAUCCAAUGAGAGCAUUGUUACUGUCUUAGCUGGGUUCAAGCGAUAUUUAGAGAGUGUAAAUGAACAAUUGACUGAGAAGGACGUAUACAUUUCAUAUCUUCCUCUUGCACAUAUCUUUGAUAGGGUCUUUGAGGAGCUUUUUAUAUGGCAGGGUGCCUCAAUAGGUUUCUGGCGUGGGGAUGUUAAACUAUUAAUUGAAGACAUUGGGGAGCUAAAGCCAUCUAUUUUCUGUGCUGCCCCUCGUGUGCUUGAUAGAAUAUACUCAGGUUUGACACAGAAGAUUUCUGCAGGAGGCUUCUUAAAGAAGAAAUUGUUUAAUUUUGCUUACUCAUACAAGUUGAAAAACUUGAAGAAAGGCCUAAAGGAUGGGCAUGCAGCUCCACUUUUUGACAAACUUGUGUUCAAUAAGGUAAAGCAACGUUUAGGCGGCAAUGUACGUCUUAUUCUCUCUGGAUCAGCACCUCUAUCUAUGCAUGUUGAAAGUUUCCUCCGGGUGGUGUCAUGUGCAUAUGUCAUACAAGGAUAUGGUUUGACUGAAUCCUGCGGGGGAACCUUUGCCGCAUUAACAAGUGAACAUGCAAUGAUUGGUACAGUGGGCCCUCCUAUGCCAAAUGUGGACGUGUGUCUAGAAUCUGUUCCUGAACUGGGAUAUGAUGCCCUUGCAAGCACACCAAGAGGAGAAAUUUGUAUUAAGGGAAAAACCUUGUUUUUAGGGUACCACAAACGAGAAGACCUCACAAAUGAGGUUUUGUUUGAUGGAUGGUUCCAUACUGGGGAUAUUGGAGAAUGGCAACCUGAUGGAAGCAUGAAAAUUAUCGACCGGAAGAAAAAUAUAUUUAAGCUUUCACAAGGAGAAUAUGUUGCUGUUGAAAACUUGGAGACCAUAUUCGGUCUAGUUUCUACUGUUGAAUCUAUAUGGGUGUAUGGAAACAGCUUUAAGUCCUUCCUUGUUGCAAUUGUUAACCCCAAGAAAGAAGCGCUUGAGGGUUGGGCAAAAGAAAAUGGUAUUACAAAGAACUUCAAUUCUCUCUGUCAAGAUUCUAGGGCCAAAAGUUUCAUACUUGAAGAACUCACAAAGAUUGCAAAGGAAAAGAAGUUAAAAGGUUUUGAGUUUAUAAAAGCAGUUCAUCUGGAUCCUGUGCCAUUUGACAUGGAACGUGACCUUAUCACUCCAUCUUAUAAGAAGAAGAGGCCCCAGCUGCUCAAAUACUACCAGAAUGUCAUAGAUAACAUGUACAAAAAUGGAAGCAACGCAGUGCCUAAGCUCAGGGCGUGACUCUUGAGAUUAUUUGUCGUCUGUAAUAGGGGAUUUGAGUAGUUGUAAGUAAUUAUUUCUGAUUUUAAAUGCAUUGUAAUUAGGAGGAGAUUUAGGAGGAUUCUUUUGGCUUGAUGAUUGAUAUAUAUCUGAUAUUGUGUGUGUGUGUGUGUGUGUGUGUGUGUGUGUGUAGACAUACCUCAGCUGUGCAUUUUCAUAUCAAUGAAAUCAAUUUCUGCAAAA